GUUCACUUGACGCAACAUCCGUGUACCAUCCGGGAUUUGCCAUUCAUUAGUGUACUCUCCUACCCUGACGAGCUCUUUCAAAGCAUUCUCAUCAGUGUCCAACAGCCCUCACUGCAGAAGAUCUUCAUCUUGAGAUGCACGAUUCCUGUUACGUUAAACAAGAGAUGCCGUACAUCAAACAGGAGGCGGAGGCAGAGGCCCCCAGCAUUAAAGAAGAAGAACAGGAAAAUGAAAUCAAAUUUCCAAUGACAAUCGUUGUGAAGAGUGAAGAAAAUGACGAAGUCAGCAGUGCAGCAGAACCUUUGGACGACAGCUCAUUUCAGCACCUGACAACAAAAGAAGAGGGACAAUCGCAACCAGAUGGCCUCUUAGCUCCGCUCUCAGACAGCAACGACGUAACGUCACACUCUUCUGACUUUAACACUGAUGAGGAGGAUAACUUUGACCAGAAAGCUAAUAAAUCCUUAAACAAGUCAACAUUGGAAACAAACACAAAAGAAUGCACGGUUUGGAAACCUUUUCCAUGUUCACUGUGUGAUAAAAUAUUUUCUUGGAAGCAUCACUUAACAAUACACAUGCGUGCACACACUGGAAAAAAGCCUUUUGCCUGCACAUCUUGUGGCAAACGAUUCGCCAAGAAGGAAAAUUUAAAGAAACACAGAAGCGCACACACUGAAAAGAAGGCGUUUGCCUGCACACUUUGCGAUAAAAGAUUUUCAAAUAGAGCCGAUUUAGAAAAGCAUAUACGUAAACACACUGGAGAAAAGCCUUUUGUCUGCGCAUUUUGUGGUAAACGAUUCACCGAGAAGGGAAAUUUAAAGAAACACGCAAGCACGCACACUGGAGAAAAGCCUUUUCCGUGCUCAGUUUGUCAUAAAAGAUUUCGUCAGAAGAUUUAUUUAGACAGGCAUCAGCGGACUCACACUGGAGAGAAACCUUUUGACUGCUCAUUUUGUGGUCAAAGAUUCCGUCAGAAGAGUCAUUUAGAAGCGCAUGAGCGUAGGCACACGGGAGAGAAGCCUUUCGCCUGCUCUUUUUGUGAGAAAAGAUUUUCUCGGAAGCAUUUGUUAAAAAAGCACACAGGAAUACACGCUGGAGAAACACCUUUUUCCUGCACACUUUGUGGUAUGAGAUUCUGUCAGAAGAAUGACUUAGAAAAGCAUAAGCCUACACACGCUGGAGAGAAGCCUUUCGCCUGCUCACUUUGUGGUAAAAGAUUCCGUCAGAAGACUUAUUUAGAAAAGCAUAAGCCUACACACAGUGGAGAGAAGCCUUUCGCCUGCUCACUUUGUGGUAAAAAAUUCCGUCAGAAGACUGAUUUAGAAAAGCAUAAGCCUAUACACACUGGAGAGAAGCCUUUCGCCUGCUCCUUUUGUGAGAAAAGAUUUUCUCGGAAGGAUGUGUUGAGGAGACAUUUAAGAAUACACAAUGGAUAAACACCUUUUUCCUGCACACUUUGUGGUACAAGAUUUGCUGAGAAACAACAUUUGGUAUUGCAUGCAAUAAAUCACACUGGGUUAUUAUCAUGAAAUUACAAAAUUAUUUGUAUAACGAAUCAAUUCUGUUAUUGCGAUUUACUAGAAUAUGCAGGGAAACGCAUUCCCUGCCUAUCCUGCUGUUUGACCAACGAGCUGACGGAACAACCACUAUACCAAAUCCCACUCAACUCAUUGGUCGUGGUACGGUCGCUUGCCAUGAUAACGGAAGACAACAUGCAACAAGAGUGGAAGAUGAGCGGUUUGAAUGAAACGAGUAAAAAGCAUGUUCAAAAUAAUGACCAUUUGGUUUCUUUUUAUCUGUACUUUUUUUUUCACUAAUUGUAUUUUUGUAUUCUGUCAAGUUCAUUUGUAUUUGUUGCACUUGCCAUUUCUCUGGGCUGGAUAACCGGGUAAAAUCUAGUUUAAAGAGGAACAACCGGCACACAACACGUCACAGGCGUUUGGGACAAUCAAACUUUAUUUCAGCAGGUGCAACCCAUAAACAAUCACUACUGGUGACGUCACUCUAGUGCACGCUCUAUAAUCCAAUAACUACAGCACACCCCCCCCCCACUCAAAUCAACAGUAUUUAUUUAGGAAAUUUUGAGUGAUCAUUUGUGAUAUAUUUAGGGCUGUCAAAAUUAUCGUGUUAACGGGCGGUAAUUUUUUAAAUUACGUUAAAAUAUUUGACGCAAUUAACGCACAUGGCCUGCUCAAACAGAUUAAAAUGUCAGCAGUGUAAUGUCCGCUUGUUACAUGUUUUUUGGUGUUUGGCGCCAUCUGCUGGCGCUUGGGCCAAAUGAUUUUAUGAGUUUUAGCACAAUGAGUGAGCAUGGUGUUAUUCUUGACAUCAACAAUGGCGAGCUACUAGUUUAUUUUUUGAUUGAAAAUUUUACAAAUUUUAAUAAAACGAAAACAUUAAGAGGGGUUUAAUAUAAAAUUUCUAUAACUUGUACUAACAUUUAUCUUUUAAGAACUACAAGUCUAUCAUGGAUCGCUUUAACAGAAUGUUAAUAAUGUUAAUGCCAUCUUUUUGAUUUAUUGUUAUAAUAAACAAAUACAGUACUUAUGUACCGUAUGUUGGAUGUAUAUAUCCAUCUUGUGUCUUCUCUUUCCAUUCCAAAAAUAAUUUACAGAAAUAUAUGGCAUAUUUUAUAGAUGGUUUGAAUUGCGAUUAAUUACGAUUACUUUUUAAGCUGUAAUUAACUCGAUUAAAAAUUUUAAUCGUUUGACAGUCCUAAUAAUAUUCUAUUAUUCCUGAGGGAACUUUGAACACACCUCAGUUGUUGGGGGGGGUUAACCUCAGAGUUUGUUUGCAGUUUUUUUUUAUUACCAAAAAACACAAAGGCUCAGGACUUAAAGGGUAAAUUAUAGUUUUAAAUUUAAAAGGACAUGUUUUUAUUCCAGCAUUUUUUGUGUGAAAAUGCAUCGCUGGCAAUUUUUGUUUUUCCGUGUCGUUUUAUCACUUCAAGAUGUAUCUAAUUCAGGUUUGAAUAAAAUGUGUAUAACGUCAUCAUUAUUUUCAAAAAAUCACUUUUCACACUGAAAAAAAUAAAGAGUAACUGUUAUAUUUGGCCAAUUCUGUCCCAUAGCUCUGGAACUCUCUGGUACUCAAUGUAACUUCUUUCCCACUUUUCAAAUCUGGACUCAAAACAUGUAUUGUUAAAUGAUCAUAUCCCGCUUGAUCAUCAGUUCUGUUUUAUGUUAUGACUUCUUUCCUGAUACUUUGAUUUACUCUGAUUUUGCUUUUGUCCACGCUAUACAGUGGGGCAAAUAAGUAUGUAGUCAACCACUAAUUGUGCAAGUUCUCCCACUUGAAAAUAUUACAGA